UUCAUUACAACAGGAUUAUCGUAGUGCUUGAAUAACGGGUAGCCUUUAUUUCAGCUCUUCAGUCCCUGGAAAGAUUCAGCAGAUUUAUCCCACAGAGAUGCGAAGGCAGUUGGUUGUUACCGAACCAUAAAGCUAUUUAAAACUGUAAUGAUUGCGGGUUUGUUGUAAGGAAAAGAAAUGAUACAUAGCGACAAAUCCAAUGUCUUCAUUUACUCUUUUUGUGGUAUUUUUAAAUUCCAAUCGCGGAUCAGUAUCUACUGGAAGUGACUGUAGAUGAUGCGUCCCUCUCUUGUGGAGGAUUAACUCGGACUGGAUUUAAAAGGAAUUUGGAAGAGGGCAUCAUGGAAUGGCCGGGAGAAUUUCCUGACGACCACGCCUUUGUGGAGUUUCUAGUUCCAGGUGUUUCCAGUGAUGCAGACUUUGAACAGUUUCUAAAAGACACAGAAGAGAAACUCAGCCUCAAUGCCAGCAGCAUUGAACAACAGCUAAAGGAGCUUCAGGCCAAAAUGGGAGACUCCAGAACCGGGGAUCGUCCUGCCAGUCCCACAGAGGUCCUACAGUGGUUCAACACGAGAGCACAAAACAGCCUGAAGCCUCUUUCUGCAGACCUUUUAGACUUCUUCAGAGCUCUGAAACAUUACCUUCAAUCGGAAGAAGAGGGCAAAGAAGAAGUGACCCUUCAGCUUCUGCUGAAUCUCUCUGCCCGGUGUGGGGUCUGUUUUCCCUGUUCAUCUUCAUCUGCUAUGUCUUCCUCUCAUCACCCUCAUCUCCCUGGCUCCUCUGUCCACAUGACACACACAGUCAAAGAUGACCCUUCAUUAGAGAUCCACGUGGCAUGGGAUACUGUACGUCUUCAGCUGCGACGUUUCCUGGUGGACCGGCUGUCUUACUGCACCUCAGAACAUUCUGGUUCCACUCCAGUGUCCCCAUUGACCAUCCAUGAACGGGUCCACUGCUUACAGCAGCUGUUUUUCCUCUAUCCAGAAUGUGAAGUGCUCACAGAUUAUCAGGCCCUGAAACGGCAGUAUGUGGUGAAUAUUCUGCACUCAAGCAUGAGCUCCAGCCCAGGGGGUGAGACCGGCUUUGAUAGACUGGUGGCAGGUUUUUACAAUGCGGUCCCGCAUGUGACCCGAGCCCUUACAGAGGAACUCCAGGUCCUUUCAAGAGUAGCGGAGCCCCAAGUCGUCCUUGGCUUUUUAAACAUAGCUUACUUUGGUGCUGUUACCCAGGAGCUUGGCUCCCAGAUGGAGAGAGAACAUGAAACUGCCCAAAGAGACAACACGGCACUAAGCAGCAAGAUCAAAAAAUACUCUGCAAGGUCCAGAGCAACAGUGGCGCCGAUGGAGCUUCCCAUGAAAAGCAGGAGCUUCAGCUUGACCUCCCACCAGCUGAGGGCAUUAAUCCAGCUGGCUUCAGUCCUGCUAGGCUUUGAGAGAGAAGUGAGGGAGCUGGUCGCUGACAUCAUCUUCAUAAACUGCACUGGAGACUCUCCUACUGUAAAAGGUAUUUUGAAAAAGCCUAAUGAGGAUUCAUGUUCACCUGCAGAUGGAAGGAAACCCACUUCAGGCAAACUUCCUACUGCAGAGACACAGACUUUGGAGUUUGACUGGAGGUCAGCUUUUACUAGGCUGGUCCCACACAUGGAGCAUUGUGUUAAAGUGGUGUUGGACGACAUCUGUGCCAAAAAUCUUCAACAAGAAGAGGCCUUACAUUCUUCAGGACACACCUCAAUCAAGCUAAGCCUCAUCACUGACUUCUCCGUUAGCAACGAACAUUUAAAAAAAGACUUCUUCUACAAAGUCUCAGAAAGAGACUCUCCUAAAAUGAUAGCAAAGUUCUGUGGAGCAAUUCUGACUGAGCUCGAUGCCUUACUGCCACUGGCAGUAGCCUGCAGGGACACCUCUCUCCUGGGGGUGCGAUCAAGCUUUGUGGAAGCAUGUAGCAGAGCAGCGUUUGCCAUGCUGGGACGUUUGCAGGAGAGGGCCCUGGAGGUACCGUCCUCUGCACCCCUGAAGAACUUGCCUGCUCUGCUUGCUUCCUGCAUUUAUGUGCAACAGCGUCUGGAGCAUUACAAUGUCAAGCUGAAGGAUUCCAGUACAGCUUCAGCUAGAAUACCGCUGACUCUGCUCCCAAUCCAGAGGUACCAUGAAACAGUGGAGGCCUUAAAAGAGCAGCUGACCAGCUACUGCAUCCAGGUUUGCCUCACCUGUAUUCUUCAGGAUGCAGAGAGUCAUGACUGGGCUGACCCUAAACCCUUCUAUGAGGGAGAGCGGUGUUCCUUCUCACUGCAGAUGUGGUUUUACUUCCUGUGUGGACUUCGUAGCGACCUUUGGGCAGUCCUUCCAUCUGAGUUGGCCAAGGAUGUGCUUGGAUUUGUGCUGACAGAGACUUUGCAGUUGUUGGUGCAACGAUAUGCCAGGGUCCGGGCUUCCUACAAGAGACACCUACAGAUUAGGUGUGAUAUUACAGCAGUGUUGCUCUAUGUGGAGCACCUCUUGUGGAGUGUUGCCAAGAAUCCAGAAGACAUCAUUCUUAUCAACCCUUCUUCAGAAAUGACCAUCAUUGGAGGUGGCUCAGACUGGCCGUACCAAAUCCACAGCCUGUGUGACCAACUACUGACUGUCCUCCUAGUUGUUACAGCACCAAUAACCUUUGUGCAUAGAACGUUUAUGAAGGGUGCUUCAAAGGACUCAGCACCAUGCCAGCCUGGAAGGCCUGUUGUACGAUGGCUCAAUGCUAUCAACCCUGACCUCUUCACCGAACAGAUCAUAAGAGAUGGCCUUGUGGGUGAGACAGCCUUGGCAUGCCUGUUAAAGCUUUCGACCUCUGACCCAGGAUGCAGCCCCAAGCUGCUGCUGCGAAUGCUGCUUCAUGAAGAUUGUCACCUGCCCAGAGUACUCCUGGAAAAUUCCUAUUUUUGCCAGGAAUCUGACUCAGAGAUGUCCACGGGGAAUUGCAAAGCAGGAGAUGACUUCAUAGUUGCUUUGUUCAACUUCUUCUCCUGCCUCAAUAACGUUCCCAAUGCCUUGACUCAGGCUCUCCAGCCAUACCUGGAGGGAGCACACAUUUGGAAAUAUUUCUACACACUGGCAGAUGUCACACAAGCAACACCUGUGGUUAUUAACUGUGUUCGAGAUUUGGUGACAAAGUCCACCAACAGCAUAUUGGUACAUCUGGUUUCCAUGGUGCUGACUUGGCAGGGAGCAGAGGAAUGUAAAGCACCCUUGUUUAAAAGAAAGGUGCCAGAGAGUGUCCUGGCUAAAAUACCCAAGGACUGGAACUAUGAAACAACUGAUGGAGGAGGGAAGGAUGCUGCGCCUAAAUCUGUCGUAUCCUUAGCAAUCCAAGCAUUAUCCUACAUUUUUACCAACCUGCCAUCGGCCGUGGCAUCGUUGCCUCUCUCUGUCCGCUUCCUCUUUCAAAUGGCAGAAAAGUACCUAUCCCAGCAUGCCCGGCAGCUGCGUUCAAUGGGCCUGUUGCUCUGGGCCUUGCUGGGGUGUUUGAUCCAGGGUCUGGAGGACCAUGAUGUGCUUGAACAGACCAGUGGUCUGGAUCUGGACUGUGUUGCAAAAGACUGCCUGUCUCUGUUCAGAGAGUGCCUGCAGGCUACAAUGAGCAUCCAACAAAAGGGUAUUCCUAAACCUACAGUGCACAAAGUAUUGCAGGCUUUGGAGGAAAAGAGACCAAAGUGGAUAAACCUGCAGCUGCAGAAAGCUCGAAGACUCUGUGCAGAGAGCAUCUUUGAGCAGGGAGCAGAGAGGGGAGCUGCUGCAGCUGAACUGACUGAGCAGAAAAUAGGCCUGAUGCUGCUGGAGGUCUGCCACAAAGCAGGUGGCUGCCUCUACCUGAGGCAGAUCUAUCACAUCAUCCAAGGCAAUGAGGAACUUCUGAUGUCCAAACUCACUGGAAGCUCGGAAUCCUCAUUUCUCACAGUCAAUUUUGAUGUCAGUCCAGAGUGUGUUGAUUCCACUGCCUCCUUCAACCCGCUCCUGCAGUAUGACCAUAUUGGCAAGAAGAAGCUGGAUCAGAGCGAAGUGGUUGACUGGACGUGGGACUGGCUGAGGCUGCUGCCAGCAUACGAGGGCAUGAGUCAGGUCACCUUCAAAAGCCUUUUAACCAACAGGUGGGAUAUGCAGGAGGAUGCAGAGCUGGAAGAUGCAGAGAGAGAAAUGGUGGAAGAACUUCAGAAAUCCUUUUUUGUUUGCUGCUGCAGCAAGGGACCGAAAAAUGCCUCUGGAACUGAUGAUACACCAACAAAUCCGACCCACGGGGAAGCACAGUCAUGCAAUAAAAGUACUGUCCAAUAACAUUUCACACCGUUGGAGUUUAUAUUAUGUUGCAUUUUUUUACAUGCACUUGGAAUUCUCGAGGUGGUUGUUUAUGCAUCUGGGCACGCUUUCAUAUGAUCACACAUCUGUGGGAAUAUUUUGGUCUGUGUUUGUACUCUAUGUUGUGAAUUUGCACGAAUAUGCACAAAGCAUGAGGAAAAAAAGAACAGAACUAAAAAAUAAAAAAAAUACGCAAGAGCUGGUGCCUUCCUAUGUCUUCACACACCUGAGACAAAUCUUCUGUGCCGUUCGACGCUGCAUAAGAUGCAUUUUCCUCUUUUUGGAACACAUCUGCAGAAACCAGUUCCGAGAGAAAAAAGAGUCGCGAUUUGUUUUUCAGGGACAAGAUAAGACUGUGUGAUCACUGCAGGUAGCUGAUGUGUUUUAAGACAGUGUGGGUGGAGAGAGUGGUGUCAGCAAGCUCUUUCUGCUCCCUUUAAGAAUACAUCAAAGAAUAUAGUUUGGAAGCAAAAUAUUGUCUGUUUUGAGUUUUUGAUGUGUUCCAGAAAUCUGCUGCACCAUACAUAUCAGUCAGCAUUUAGCGCAAGCAGGAAAGUAUUCAUCUGCAAUAUGGUUACUAAGUAUAUUUUUCUAAAUCUGUGUAUGUAUAUAUAUAUAUAUAUAAUACUACCUUACUUGAAAUCAAUCCUUAUUUUAGAUUAUUAUUUAUUAUCUUGGUCAUGGAUUGUUUAAACUGGCAACCUGUCCAGGGUAGACACUGCCUUUCGCCCACUGGCUGCCGGAAAAAGGCACCCUGAAGGAUGAGUGGUAGAAAAGCUGGACUGGUCGGCAGUUUACAACAUCGUGCACACACAUUUACACCCACGGAAAAUGUGGAGAUGUUCAUGUUUCAUGUUUUUGGACUGUGGGAGGAAGCCGGAGUACCUGGAGAGAACCCACGCAUGCACAGGGAUACCGUGCAAACUCCUUGCAGAAAGACCCCAGGCCGGGAAUUGAACCCAGAACAGUCUUGCUGCAAGGCAACAGUGCUACAACUAUGCUGCAAUUAAAAAAGUUGUUUGCAAAGAAAACUUAAUGCAGUGGUUGCAAGAUCAUAAUGAACUGUGAGGGAAAACUAAGAACAAUGAAAUCUUCUUUGGAAUCUUAUGAAGUUAAAAUCGUAAAAUGCUUUUGUGUCAUUAGAAAUCCACUACAUUUAAUGUAACUACCUGUUUUGUGGUUGGACACACAAAAAGAAGAAAAAAAAAGUCUAACUCAACUGGUACAGUAAGUGGUUUCUGCAUGAAAGCAUGGCACCUACCUCUAAUGAGUACCUGUGCACAUUUCUUUUGUUUGUUCGUUUGUUUUUGUAUCAACAAAGAGGUAAGCUACCUCUAACACUAACUGUUUCAUAAGAAUACACAAAACAACAUGAAACAGCUGUCAGCUGGUUAUUAUAUGGUUACUUUACUCUGUUCUGUGUUAUGCAACCACCCCUAGAUCUAAUGAUAGAGAAUAUGUAUGUAUUUUUGUAUGUAUGUUUUGGGAAUAAAAUGUUACACU